CAAAGGACAACAACAGAUGGAUAAUGUGCUAACUAAGUGAAUUGAGAAAAUAAGACUCCCCUGAAGUAAAAAAUAAAAUGAAAAAUCUCCUUGAAGUUUUGUGAGGCUAUGUUCAAGCUUCCAAGGAGCUCCUUGACUUCCGAGGUUGUGUUUUCUGGUGAAUAUAUCAACGCAUCUAGUAAUUCUGUAAUGCCUGUCAAAAAUUGUGCUACUUAACGGUCAAUUGAAAUAUGAAAUAGUAUUAUCAUUCUCCAUAGUAAUUCUGUAAUGCAUGUCAAAAAUUGGGCUACCCCAGUCUGAACUCUCUCUCUCCUCCUAUUUUCUUAACACUCAAACGGCGGUCCGGUACUCCGGUGCUCCACCCUCCGAUCAAGCGGCGGUCCAGCUUCAUCUUCUAUUCUUCUAUGUGUUUUGUCUCCACUUUCAGCUAUUUCUCCUUCUAAUUCUACCUUAUUAUUGUUAAUCUAAUGUUAUGGAGCUUCGUUGUUUCAAUGAUUCAGACCUUGGUUAUUCUGAUUCAUAUUUUCUUAGUUUCUAAUUAAUUCGUUCAAAUUUUACUCGUAACUAAUCUAAUGUUGAGGUUUCCGGUAUUAAUUUGAAUUCAGACGGCCUAGUUAAACCGAGGUCUAAUUGUUUUAAACUUUUAAUUGCUAAAUUCGCUAUUUUAACUUGAAUUUGGUAUUUUAGUAUCUGAUUCACCUAAAGAGUAAAGAGAUAUUAGGAAAUUGUUGUUGGUGUUUGAUUUUUGUGCUGCUGCUAGUGUUGAUUAUAUCUAACAUUGUGAGUUGGUGACCAAAUGAAUGACAACUUUUGACCACGUCUUUUAGUAGUAAUUGUGAGCUGAUGAGUUGAAUUAUUUCUUAUUGGUUUGAACAAGUAGUAAAAUAAAUAGCACAACUACAUUCAAUUGGUGUAACCACGGAUAAGAUUAUAGAUAAAAGAACGGGAAAGAGAGAUUAAAUAGUUGAUUGAUGAGGAUCAGAGAGAACAAAAAUUGAUUGAUGAGGAUCAGAGAGAACAAAAAUUUAACGCAUUUCACCCGAAUAUCACCCGAUUCACCCGUAGGUGAUGGAUGGAUGGAAUUCGGGUGAUGGGCAAGCCGGGUGAUGGAUGGAUCGGGUGGAGUGGAUGGAACCGGGUGAUGGAUGCGGGUGAUGCUCCACCCGAUCCAAAUCCCUCCCAUUUCCAUCCCUAAUUGUGUGUGCUAUUUCUUGCUCUUUAAACUCAAGCAUAUGAUUGUAACAUUUGAUUACGUACUUUCUUUUGAAUUUUGAUAUAUGCGUACGGUUUGGUUAAUGCUUAAAACUGUUUUCUAGGUCCUGGAUUUGUACUAGUAUACGCCUUUAAUAUGCUAUGGCUUCUACGUACCAUGUCCUUGUUUGUUAAAAACGGAUUUUAUGUUGCUUAACUUGGUACAGUAUUAAGGACCUGUACAAAGAGAAUGCCUAUUCUCUUGUUUAGGUUCUUAUGUUAUGUUGUCAUUACUAGAUCAAGUUGGAUCGUAGCUUCUAUGGAUGGUAAGAAGUGAAGUCAAGAACUUUUCUAUUAGUUUGAACUAAUCGAUUUGGAAAGUUCUUUGUAUUAAACCCUAAACAAUAGAAAACCAGACCAGGCCUGACCUCAAAUAUAGUCCUUAUUAUUAAAAAAAAUAAAAAAAAUAUAGAUUUCCCUGGGACUAAUAGAAUUUCUUGUCAAUCCUUCGACUUAGAACAACUGAACAAGGCAUACAAGAAUAUAGGAUUCCAAGUCCCAACUAGGUUUCGGAACUUAAACUUUUUACAAAUUCAAAUUGUAUUCUGAAUUGUUGUACCCUAUAAAUAAAGUGUACCCAACCUUCCUUUCAAUAAGACAUAAAUUACAAAGAAACAGUUAUCUGGCUAGAAAAUUCUAUUGGAGUUCAACAUUAAUCAAUAAUGGCGGUAAACAAUGAAAUUCCUUGUGAUCUUCACCCCGUGAUCCUCGAGAGACUCCCGUCACAAUCCCUAAUAAUGCUUUGUGUGUAACUCGACCUUUUAACCACAUAAAAAUCCGUAAAAUUGUUACAUGUGGAUCCUUAUUUUGCGACCGUUGAAAUGCAGCUUUUAUUUCAGUCAUCUGUGAUUCUAGAAAAUAAUGAAUCUUAGGCCAAAUGGUAUCCAAACUUCCUGUCGAUGUCUUUAGCCACGCUUUCAAUGCUGCAUAUGCACUUUCAACCCUAUAUUACAAAUCAAAAUAUAAAUAAUGUAAAUUAUGGCAAUUUUCAUUAAUAUUAAUUACAUUAAUAAAAUUAUGGCAAUAAAAUAGUUACCUAUUGGUCGUCCUGUUCCCCAAAUGUAAAACAUUCAUCGUAUAGGCACGAACAAAUCUAUUUCUAUAUUUCUCAAUCCACGAUGAUCUCACGUAAUUCAGUAUUGCUUGCAUUCUAGCAAAUGCUUUAACCAUUUCUCUAUACCUUUUCCUAUAUAUUUCGAUCGUAUCAGCUUCCACUACUCUUUGCCACCUUUUUAUAAAAGAUUUCACAAUAAGCUUGUUUUUGUGAUUUUCAACACAUAGUUCUCGAUAUUUUUCUGAAUAUGUCUUGUGCAUAAAAGAUGGGACGAAGUAGGAAACACAACAUCGAUAGCAUUCAUUAGAGCCAAUUCCCUAUCAGUUACAAUUGCAACUGGCAACUUCUCUGGAUCAAAUAAUUGUCUUACACAGCCAAGAGCCCAUUCAUAACUCCCUUGUUGCUCGUCUUUCAACCAUGCAAAUCCAAUAGCAAAAAAAUUUCCAGUGGGAAGCACACUAACUAUUUCUAAAAAUGGCAUCCUAUAUUAAUGGCAUCCUAAAAGUGCAAUCAAUUAAUAUGACAUGAGGAAAUAAGCGCACCAAUUCAAUAGCACUUGGGUGUGCAAAAAAUAUGUCCCUUACCACGUUUGUUCCAACUUCUUCCCGAUGGUACUGCACAUAAUUAUUAUCAACAAUGAGUUUCAUAAGUUGUUGCAUCACUGACCGACCUCCCAUUGUUUCAGUUUUUAACUUUUGACGAGCAUUGUAAAUAUGUUUUACUGUAGUUAAGAUUCGAGGAUCCAAAUUCUUCAAAAUAGCCAUAAUCAUGUUUGGCUUGACAUGACUACUCGACAGUUCUUUCACUAUAGACAACUGAUGUGGUUUCAACUUUGCAAUAAUUGCACGACCCUCGUUGUAAUUAGGAAGAUCAUGAUUGUGCAUACCAUGACAAACAACUACACUCCAUCCGCCACCUACAUGCUCCUUUGCUUGAAGUCUAAAGGGACACGACAUCUUUUUUGUUCCAGUAAAUUUUUCCACAUCUAUUGCAACUUUCGACUUGCUAAGCCUAUAUUUUCCAGCUCUCUCACAAGUAAGGGUAGCUUUCGCCGUUCCGAAACCAAGACCAUCCCCACCUUCAGACCGAGCAAUGAUAAUAACAAUAUUAUGCAUUUUACCCACUUCAAUCACCCAAUCAAGCAUUCCCCUUCGAGUAGCAAACACUGUAGUGGUUGUAAAAAAUUCUGUAUAAUCAAUCGCAUUCUCACUAACUUUUUCAAUGUAUACACCAUCCUACAAAACAAGUUUUUUUAAAAGAUUUAUUAAGACAAAAACAAAGGAAUAAAAUAAAAUUCACGAAUAUAACGUGUUUCAAUCAAUUUUCAAAUAUCAAUUACUUCCUCCGUUCUACGAAUAUUGCAUCAUGUUGACUUAUACACUAUUCACUAUUUGCCUUUGACCAUCUUCUGUAAUAUAUAUGUAAGAAAAUAUGUGAUUUUGUAAGAUUCUUAUCAAAUAUUGUUCAUAAUACCAUUUUGUUCAAUUUGUGCAUAAUGACAUGUUCUAUAUUGUUUGUUGUACAUGAAAUCUUGUGUACUAUUACAUGUAUUAUGAGUGAAAUAUGGUAGACCAUUUCAUCCAACAUAUACAAAAUAGUUAAUUAGGUUUUGUUCGAUUUGUAUGGAAUAUUUAGUUUUGUUAUGUUCAAUCUGUAUGAAAUAGUAAAAUUUAUUUUGUUCAAUCUAUACGAAAUAGUUUUUUCCAUUAUGUUCAAUAUAUACGAAAUAGUAAAUUCUAUUCUGUUCAAUCUGUACAAAACAGAAGUGUCUAUUUCAUACAAGUUGCAAGAAAUCACUCGAAAAAAUAGGAAAAAGAACGAGUAUUACCUCAAUUCCAAGGUCUUCCAAGUCAAAAAAAUCGUCAAUUUCAAUCCAAAUACGUAUUCUAAUUGUAUUAGAAACACGUUAAACUAAAAAAAUUCAAGUUUGCGUGAACCAAAAUAAUAUGAAAAAAGGUAGAGAGAAAAUAAUAAAAGUGGGUGUUAGGGUUUUUUUCAGAAUGAAAAAAUGAAAGGAAAAAGGGCUGCGUCAAGUAAAAUGAGGUUGCGUUUAGCACCCCCCUUAUUUAUUUAUUUUCCCUUUCAUUUUUAGUCCAUUUUUCCCAUUAUGCAAAAAAACUUGUAUGGGGUACUAUUUUUCGAUCAUAAGCAUUUUUGUAGAACAUCUUUAAAACAUUUUUAGAUUAUUAAGUAUUAUUAAUGUCAUUUUACCACUAUCGUCUAAUAGCUGCGAAUGGGGCCUGUUUGAUGAAAAGAGGUUUGAGGAGUUUUUAUAGGUCACAUAAAGUUGUUUGGAAUCAUUAACAUUCAGUAGUUGGUCACUAGUGACUUGGAAUAAGAAAAUUGGCUAAAAAUCCGCUUAAGAAUCAGAAUAGAUGGUUUUAACUACCCAAUGUGUCUCCCACGACAGACGACUUCAUGGGGUCUAUGAAAAGCAUCUCGAUCCUAACCUUUAAGGUUCAAAAAGGUCACAAUUGUCCGAAAUACGGAGGUUAUACUUCAGGUCUUUAAAUAUCCACUUGUACAAGGACAUAAACUAUUCUUGUUUGUGUUGAUGUAAACUCAUCAACACACAAUGGCUUACCCAACUCACUUUGAAGAGAGUGAAUCGCAAUAAAAAAAAUAAGUUCAACCAUCAACCCUCAAUCUAGAGAGCUCAUCAUCGUCAACGAGGUCAUCGCCAGUGACUCGUACACCAUACACAACUUUGGACCAAUUUCGUAGAUUUGCAAGAGUCAAUCUCAAAAAUUAGAAAUACAUAUGGGGCAAUAUAAGGUUGUUUGAAAUGGAAAGCAAUAAACGCCCACUGGUUGGUCAAAUAAAGGCAAAAAAUGUCCUUGAUUCGACAAAAUGAGUUUUAUAAAAAAAAAUUGGCUAAAAUGUCAUUUAAGAACCAAAUUAGAUGGUUCUAGCCACCUUAUAUCGGGACCUCAUGAAAUCCAUGGAAAGCAUCCGGACAUCUAGAAUUCUAACUUAACGAAUCCGGAAAAAUCACAAUAUAUUGUCCUAAUUCCUAAAUAUAAACGCUAUAAUUCGGGGUAACGUUGCAGUACGCACGCAGUAUAUUUUUAAAUUGACUUCCAAUCAUCUUUCCCAAAUAGUUAGGCUAUAUAAAUUAAUGGCUAGACUUCUUCAUUUUCUCUCACGACUUCUUUGACACCAUCACUUUUCUUAAAAAAAAAAUCGUCCACAAAAUAGAAAUUUAUUUUCGCUAAUUGAGCCUUAUGAAAAGAGAUAAAUGAUUGCAUCUUCAAUAAUGUCCCUUUUAACCCUUACAGGGUUUUCCAAAACAACAAACUCCACUUAUCAUGAAUGACAAUUCCGAUUACAUAUUGAUUCUCACCAACUUAAGGGUACCCCUCUCACCUUACAUUCUCAUACUCCCUCUCCUCACCCUCCUCACUUUAUUGGUUCAUUGGUUCCCUCCUCCUCCGGGCACCUUCAAACCAAACUUUGGGGGCUUCUGCAAAGCUUCUUCAGCUAGUGCUGAGAUUAUCAUAAGAGAUAAUAGUGGCAUGUCAUCUCCUCCGUCACCUACAACUUCUGAACCUCCUAAGCUAUUAUGACUGAAGCUCGUGCCCUUCGUAGAGAGCUACAUGAAGCAAAAAACAAAGAUAUCAAGGAACUUAUUAUAGAAGGCGACAACCUAUCAGUCUACCCCUUAGAAGUUUCACAAUAUCAUUAAAAUCAUCAAAUAAUUUCUCAUUUUGACGACUGGAAAAUCAAUCAUAUCUAAAAGAGGUAAAUAUAUAGAGCGACCCACUGAAUUGUGAAUGUGAGUCAUCUAAUUACCACUGUUAUGCAUAUAGAAUCUUGUAACAGUCUGCAAUUACUUUCCAUUUUUCAAAGUACUACUCGGGCCCUAUUCUUUAGAGCUGAACUGAACUGAAUGCUCUUGAACUGAACUGAACUGAACUGAAUGCUCUUGAACUGAAGUGUGAAAUAAGUCAUAAAACAGAAUUUAAGCCAAAAGAGAACAGGGCCUUAGUAAUAUCCGUUAAACGAAGGGACUCCAAAUGUAUUAUUCUCUUUAUCUUCAAAAAAAAAAAGUUAGUUAAGCUAUAGAGCUUUUUCAAAUUAGCAACUUGUGCAAAUCCGCUAGUUAAUCUUGCUCUGGGUAGUCUAACCUCUGAUAUUGCUUCCAAACCGCUAAUAGCUCACUAACAAUUAUUCGCUUCACUCUCGAUUCUCCGUCUCUCCCGCACAAAUCUCACUCCCAUAAGCCGGCAACCACCGCCGCAACUGCAACCCAUCGCCACUUCCAAGCAGCAGCUCCUUCCACUCGGCAUCCUGUCAUCGAUCGUCAGCCUGCAGCCACCGCAUUUCUCCUACUGUCUAAGUUCCAUCAUGAAAAGUUCUUCAAUGGCAAUUUCCUUCCCACAUUGUAUACAAACCGCCAUUGUUCCUUGCCGAAAUGUUGUUGUAUUUCCCAAGGUUUUGAAUUGUAGAUUUGGGAAUGUAAAGAAGACCCGUCUCCAGGUUUUGGCAUGCUCUUCUGUAGCAGAUAAAGGUCUUUCCUUUGACAAGAGAGUUGAGACGUUGGUUGACAGUGUCAAGUGGGAUGAUAAAGGAUUAGCAGUAGCUAUAGCUCAAAAUGUUGAUACAGGAGCUAUUUUAAUGCAAGGCUUUAUUAACAGGGAUGCACUAGCCACUACCAUUUCUUCCCACAAAGCAACUUUCUACAGCAGAUCAAGGAAACAGCUGUGGAUAAAAGGAGAGACAUCUUCUAACUUCAUCAAUGUGCAUGACAUCUUUUUGGAUUGUGAUCGUGACUCGAUAAUAUACCUGGGGAAGCCUGAUGGACCAACUUGUCAUACUGGAGCUGAAACUUGUUACUUUUCUUCCGUUUCCAGCAUUGUUGAAAAUUCUCAGGCUGAAAAUGACAUACUGGCCAUGACAACAUUGUACUCACUUGAAUCAACAAUUGCUGAGAGGAAAGCUGAAAUAGAAAGAAAGACAGAAACCAAAGCUUCAUGGACAAAGAAGUUAUUGCUUGAUGAGAAGUUGCUCUGCUCUAAAGUCAGGGAAGAGGCAGAUGAGUUGUGCCGCACACUGGAGGACAACGAGGAUAAGUCUCGAGCGGCUUCGGAGAUGGCAGACGUGCUUUAUCAUUCGAUGGUUCUUCUGGCCCUUAAAGAUGUGAAGAUGGAGGAUGUCCUUGAACUCCUCCGAAAAAGAUUCUCAAAAUCAGGAAUAGAAGAAAAGAAUAGUCGCAAAUCAUGAGACUUAAGUAUUGAACUUAUUGCCUGCGGAUAUUGUGAUCUACUCUCUACCACAAUUCUUCCUUAUGGUAAUCGACAAUUUUUAGGCGAGCCCUAGUUUGAUUUACAAUGUGGUCAAGUAGAGUUUAGAUUUCUGUAGUUCCAUGGGCAUAUGAAGCUCAUUAUGUUGUACUUCCUUUAUUGUGAUUAUCUGAAUAAUGUUAAUUGUUGAACUUUGGUAUUAGUAUGAUGGUUUGAUCAAUAUAAUGACUUGUGUGUGGA